GGGUCGCGGCAACCAAGAUGGCGGCCAUGGAAAUAGACGGGGGGCGCUCUCUCUUAAAUUACUACUAAUUCAAAUCUUUAAAAAAUGUCAGUACUGAACUAUACUGAGUUGUUUGUAAGUAAUGCAAUAGUUAUAGUUAUAAGUUAUAGCAACAUGGGCAUGGGUAAUUAUGAGAUUUUCAAUUUAUUUCACUGAGACUAGAAAUAAUUAAUCGCGCUAAAAUUAAAUAAGCCUAAAGGAUUACCCUUAAGUUAAGAAGGGCUGACAUCCAUUUACACUAUUUUUAGAUCUUUUAAGUUUCAGAUAAUCCGCAAAUAAAUAGUCUAAAUGGCGUUGAUAAGGACGCACCUGUCGGCCAUUUCUCGGCUCAUCCAUUACCACAUUUAAUUCAUGAUUCACGCAUUUUGCCGAAUAGAAUUAGAAUUAUUAUCAACCUCGUCUUCCUUGACGACGGCUUCGUCGCUUCUUAAAAAUGUAUAAGUUUUACUUGAAUAAUCCUUUUAAGUUAUGCUAAUUCUAUAAAUGUCCCCAUUUAAAAAUAUUCGGUGUUUGUUGCAGACGAUAGAUAACAUACAUUUUUUAAGUCAGUAAGUGUAAGUGAUCCAUUCAGACAUUUUAAGUUGUGUCAAAACAAGCGCCCAACUUACAACAAAGUCGAAUGCGCAUGAUCGGAAGUCAGCUCAUUCUUCCUUUCGUACAUUGCUCAUGGCGACCUGUUACUGUGUGUCAACAAAUUCUUUAGGAAACUUUAACUAAACAUAAUUAUCAUACUAAACUUAAAAUCACAAAUUUUAGCCAACAUUUUUAUCGCAAGUAAGUAUUCAAAAACAUUUUCAGAUUUACUUAUUGAUGAAAUUAAUUUUUAAGUUUAACAAUAGUUAGCAUAACAAUGUCAAUGACUAUUGACUAGAUACUUUGGUCAAAAAUGUAAACAUUUUUUAAAAAUAAACCAAUGGCACAGUUGAAUAGAGCUAAUUUUAAACAGAAUUAUAACACCAAAAUAAUAUUUUUAGCUGUUGUAGUUUUAAAGUUAUGAAUUUUUAAAGUACGACUUGGUUUGUCAUUUUUUAACAUGGACUUCAUCUCCACAUUCUGUGACCUCAUUCCACUGAUCGCGUCAUGCGCAAUGACUAUAUAGUUUAUAUAAGGCAACGCAUUCCCUAUCACUAAAAUACUGUUUAGGGUCGACUUAUUUUAAACUUUCAACUUUGGCACAUGAAUAAUUAAUAAAAGCUUUCCCUGACCAAUGGUUUAAUAGCUUUUGCACACGGCAAACUCUUAUGAAUGAAACUCUGAGAUAGUACUACGACGUAGCCGUUAUGCAAGUGGCUGUGAAUGGUUGCCAAUGACAACGUGUUGCACAGGGAAAAUUCUGAUCAUUUAUAAUAUGGACUCUGCAGGGUUUUUAAAGCUCAAAUUAAAACAUUUCCAGUUUAAAUGUCUUCAAAAUGCAUUCUGAAACACAAAAUAUAAAAUAUUUUGAUGUAUAUAGUGGUAAUAAUUAAAUAUUUCCUAAGUAUCGGCAACUUCCGCCAUUAAAAAGGGGGCGUGGCCCACGCCAUGUCGAAAUUAGGCUGAGCCACCUUAUGGUGAUAUGGGUCACUGUGACAAGUGUAACAAACGUGAGACACGACCUACAUCAAUGAAACUUGGCACAGAUAUAGAUCAAUAUCUAAUGCUCAUACAGAUUUAAUCAAAAAGGACCUUAUCUUAUUAUUUCACAAAAAAUUUUGUAUGCGAAGAUGCCUUAUAUAUACCAAAGAUUUUCAAAAUAAAGGUCGAUUGAAAAAAGCAAAAUAGCUGGCUAGAAAUGUAGGCCAAGAUGUCUUCCAAAUUAUAAGGCCGGAAACGGAACUCAAAUAUAUGUGGAAAGAACUAAUUUAAUAAUAAAUAGACACACACAUCGGAAAAUUAAAAACUCGGAUUUUUCGGCGCCGACAGCCAUUUCCGAUACAAAAAAAAUAGUAGUCUCCCUUGUUUCAUCGAAGUAUCUACUAUUGACACUGGGCCUGGCUGAAUUAUUAUAGUGGCGAGCUGAUAGGGUAGGCACUUUUAUGAAAAUUUCAAAACAUUUUUAAAAAUAUAAAAAUACUACAGCUGUUUAGAGCCUGGAGAAUAGAUUACAAAAACACCAAGAUCAACUUUCUAGCUCAAGUGGCUCAAAAGUUAUGAUUUUUUUAUUUUUAGUAGGGACCUCAAAGUUCAAAGUGGCACUUUUUUACUAUGACUAUGGCUAGGGAUAACAAUACUUGUCCACGCACCGUUCUGCGCAUGUCCUAAAAUGUCGAAAAAACGUGUUCUGCAAUAUGGCGUAUAGCAACACGGUAUCAUUGGAAAAUUGCAGACUAUGUCACCUUUGUUUAGUAAAUAAUUGAAUUGCUUUCCUCAUCACUGGCGUAUCAGUUUUUGUGUUCCGGUCAUAUAUUGAUUUAUGCUACGAUAUUUUUUUUGCAUCACGGGCAGUAUUAUUAUGAUGACUCUGUUAGUAUAUAAAUCGCAUAAAUACUUUUUUACUAAUAAAGCCACCAAAAUAAGGUUUAGUCUUAGUGCUCCCUAAUCUACAAUCAUUGUAAGAGUUUUUUCAUUUUUUGAGUUAAUAUCGUUGAGCUCUCGAUAAAAAGUUAUGCAACCCGUGAAUAAGUGGGGGGUAUGAAAUUAUCAUUAUUUUUUUAUUUUGAUCGAGAAGCCGGAAAUGGCUGCUAUCGCUAUUAUUCGUUAAUGUUAAAUCCUUAAAUAUCUAAAUAAUUAUAAGACGUUUAAAAUGAAUCAUUUUAAGAAAAGAUUAUAGGCAAACUUGAAAAGUUUAUGUAGUAACCAAGGGUUGGUUUUAAGUUUUAUUUAUUACGUUAAAAAUUGUGUAGGGUACCGGUACACAGUUUAUCGUUCAUUCAUUAUUGAAUCAAUAUUUAAUAGUUUUACAAUUACAAUAGUAAUAUCGAUAAUAAUCGUUUUUCUGUUAUUAAUUAUUUCAGAGAAUAUUACUAAAAUUAGGCCUACUUAUCAUUAUCAGUUAUAAUUAUAAUUAUAAACAACUGUUAUUAUAAUCCUAUAAUUGUCUAUUUAGGCCUAAGCUUAAUUUUUCUUACUAAUUCUAUUACAAGCCUAUAAGUUCUAUUAUAUAUAACAGUUUUAUUAAAAUACAUCAAAUUAAUAAACAAGACUCAAACAACAUCAUCAUAGCAAUUAUAUUUUUAUUAGGACAUAGAAAAGCAGUACAUAGACAAUUAUUUAAUAUAUAAAAUAAUUUUUUAAAAUGAAUUAGUCUCAUCAUUAUCAUAUUAUCAUCAUGGAUGAUAUUUGAGUAAUUUUUAUCUAUAAUUACAUGCUUUCAAUUUUAUAAAUAAAAAAGACUACUUACCUUUUUAUAAAUAUAAGAAUUGAUUUAAAAAUAACACAAGCAUAAUAAAAUUAGUUAAAAUUCAAUAAAUAAUAAUAAAUAUGGACAUAUGGUGGGGUUUUUUUUUCGUUUUUUCCUGUGUAAAUAUUGAUUUUCCCAAUUUUUCUGUUCACUUUUUUCUGAACAUACCCACAAAUAAAUAUAUAAAAAAAUAAAAGUCUUAAUGUUGUGUAAAAGUUUUGUUGUUUAUUGUACUGUAUAUUGCAUUGAGAAUGUCUCCUGAAAAUUUGGUAGCAUUAUCUUUUAAAAUCAAAAAGUUUUGGGCAAAAUAAGGCAAUUUUGAAAGUGGGUCACAUGUUUUUUCAGUUUAACACUAAGACUAAGAUAAAGAAGAGGGUGUUUAAAAAUCACCCAAAAAAUCAUAGCUCCACUUCUAUAAAAGAUAGAAAGAUUAAAUUGGUGUUGUUGUAAAGCUUAUAGCUGGCCCUUUAAAAUGAUGUAUCAUUCAUGGCAAUUUGACAAUAUUUAAAUUUUGUGUCAAAGUACCUACUAUGGCAUGUAGGUACUUUGACACACAUUUUAAAUAUAGUCCUAUUGCCAUGAAUGAUACAUCAUUUUAAAGUGCUAGCUUUAAGCAUUUUCUAUGUAGACUCCUUUACAGACUUCUUGGUCUUGUUAAUGAAUCACAAAAUGUCUCCUUCAUAAACUUUGUCUUUGCCAUCCUCGUCCAUGUUGAUGGAAGUGGAAUAAAUUCCACAAAGACAAAGAUCUUCUCUUCAACAGAAAAUUAAAUUUUUUCCUUGUACCUGAAAGAAGCCUAGAAAUAACAUUAACAUCUUGUCAUAAUCCUGAAUCUUCACAAUUUCUUGUUUCUUUUUAAUAAUAUUCAUUUUAUGUGGUGAUUAUAACUCAUUUCUUUUUUUUUUUAAAUAUUUAAUUUAAUGUUAUUUGAUAUAUUAAAUAAUUGUUUGUGUAAACUGCUUUUCUAUGUCCUAAUUAAAAAAAAAAAUUACUUUGACGAUGUUGUAGUAUUAGAAUGUUGUAUUAACUUAACAAUAAUUAAAAAUAAUAAUUGCUAUUACUAUUAUUACACAAUUAAUUAUUGAUUCAAUUAUGAAGGACGGUAGAACUAGAACUAGAAAGGAUAAAUUUGGUACCCGGUGAACAAAACUAACGCCAUAAACCAAAUUAUUCAUUUGAAACGUAUUAGUAUUAGAAUUAUUCAUGAUUCAUAUGGUUAGGGAUUUUUAAAAAAAAAAAUGAUCAUUUCAUAAUUGACAGUAAUAAUAAUAGCCAUUUCCGGCAACUCGAUCGAAUAAAAUUAAAUUUCGAUUCAGCAACAUUUUCAUACCCCCCACCUACACUUUUGCGGAAGGCAUAACUUUUCAUUGAGUGGGUCAAUUUUAAUAAUUUAAAGAUGUUAAUACGCGCGAUUGAAUGUAGUUUCUAAUCCACUAAAGCUUAUUAUUACGGAACAACUAACAAAAAAGUAUUAUGUGAUAAACUUACUGCACAAUACUAAUACAAAAAUGUGAAUGUUCAAAAAGCGUAAACUGAAAAGACAGUUAGGCACAAGCGGUGAUCUUUCCCCUUCAUAUUUACGUGGAUUCAUGUACCACAACCGUUUUCGUGGAAAUUAUAUUUUUUUAAAUUUCAUUGUCAACUUGGGGGAGAACUAUGCAUAAUUCCAUUUUCACACAUUAUCUUCUAUUUGAAAUUUUUUUUUAUAGUUUUCCCAUUUUACAAAAAUUGUCUAUUAUUAUGGGAAUGAAUACAUACAACCAAUAUCAUUAAAAAUAAUAUAAGAAUAGUUGUUUAAAUAGCCCUUCCAACCGGAACAGCUGGAUUUUUUCUUGGCCGACCAAGUGGUAGAUUACCUUAUAUUUUAUGUUGUUAGGUAAUAGUCUGUUAAGCAGCACUUCCGUAUCGCCCGGAAUUCCCGAAAAACGGGUAUCGUAAUUUCGUUGUCAAAAUGGCGACCUCCACUUCUUAAUUUACUGAGGGUAUCAUUUGUUAUUUCUUAACGCAUUUCAUAUUUUCUCAUGUACACUUCUGUGUAUUCUUUAUUAAUUAAAUACAGGCAUUUAUAAUUAACUAAUACUGAAUUAUACACAAUGUUCCCUUUAAGCUGCGCGGCCGCUCAGCUAUCUCACAGACACCGUGCAGCAGUUUUGAGUAUCCGUGCAGCGAAUUUCCAUGUAAGUGUGUGUAUGUGUUUGUGAGCUGUAAAAUUUUGCACACAAAAAAAUUUGGUGCUGUAAAACUUUGCGCACAACUGUAUGAUUUUGCACACGAACCAGCAAACCUUAGAAGGAAGAUUGAUUAUACAGAGCCUUUUUUAUGUUUAUUUGAUUUCUGAAGCAUCUUUAAACAUCCCCCAACCAAAGUUACAUAGCCCCUGUUUGUUUUGUAUUUCCUUUUUCACCCCCUGGCCAGAUUUUUUAUCACUUAUAAGUUAGUAUUGCUAAACGAAAUUUUCAAACUGUAGGCAUGUUCACACAAAAAAAGAAGGAAAUAUAGGGGGUGAAGGGUGAACUUAGAGGUUUCGUUUUGGGAUAUUCAAAUACCGGUAGUGAAAGGUAAUGAACUCAUAUUUUCCUAAAGCCUAAAACUAGCCAAUAUACAAGGUGUCGCUGUUCUCACCCAAAAAAAUAUUCAUUAAUAAAAUCCAAAAGGUAUUUCUUUCGAUCCCAUCGGGAUCUCACCGGAAAAAGGAUCCCACAGGAUUGGGAUCUCACCAGAAACGGGAUCCCUCCGGAUCGGGAUCUCAUAGGGAUUGGGAUAGCACAGGAAACGGGAUCCCAUCAGUAUUGUGAUCUCAUCGGGAUCCCACCAUGACUGAGAUUUACCGGGAUCGGAUCCCACCAUGGCCGGAAUUCUACCUGGAUCGGGAUCAGGAUCCCAUCAUGAUCCCUCCGGACAACGGGGUGCCAUCUGAAAACGGGAAAAAUGAAAGGUUUACAUAAGUUAUUUUAAGUGUUUUUAUAGGCGACACAUUAAUUAAUUUAUUUUUACUAUAGCGGUGUUGUUUUGUUGUUGACAUUUCGUUAAUAGCAAUGUGAAUUAAAAGGAUGUACCAGAUAUUUUUUUCUGAAUGCAGUCCUGGGAAACUCUGGUUAUAUUUGAUAGUUAAGUUAUAAAAUAAAUACAACAUUUAUUAAUUUAUUCAAGAUACAUAAAAUUGGGCAACUUUUAUAGCGUAUCUUUAAAGACAGAAGAGUUAUCCUUGAUUAACCACAAUGGCUCCGCAAAGGACAAAAGAUUCAUGAAAAUGCACUUUUUUUAUCUCAUAAAAUUUGUUAAAUUGUUGUUGUAUUCUAAUUAAAAGAUGAUAUUUUAGUUUUAAAAUACUUUUAUAAAGUAUUAACAUAAGUUUACAUGUAAAAAUACGAAAUACAAACAGAAAUAAUAUGCGCACCUGAACUGCACUUUUACCAUUCUACAUCCGCCAAUUUCUUAAAGCGGACAUCUUGCUUGUUCUAUUGCGAAUUUUUUUUUUUUUUUUUUUUUUUUUUUUUUUUUUUUUUUUUUAUUUUUUUUUUUUUUUUUUUUUUUUUUUUUUUUUUUUUUUUUUGAUGUUAAAGCUUUGAAAAUUGAAGUUGAAAAUAGGUAAACUUCACUGAUCAAUAACUUUUUUUCUCAAAAGGGCCGAUUGAUUUUUAAAAAGUAUAAUUUAGUUUAUAAGGUCAUUUAUAACAUAUCCAAAAUUCAUGAGUGUAGACCAUAGGCAAGCUUCAAAAGCGAAAGUCUAAGAAGUUACUUUUUUGGCUAUGUAAUUUGUCAUCAUGGCCACUGUGCGUGACUGCAUAUUACCAAUUAUGGAUAGCUGCUGUGGGGUACUAAAUAAUUCAUUAAAUUGAUUAUCCAGAAUAUAAAUUGGAAAUAUAACUAACAAUAAAUAAUUUUAAAUAACUAAAAAAGGCUGCGACUAUUCGUACCCGGGUACCAGAAGUGAGAGGUUGGGAUUAAAAAGCUAUUUAAAAUUAUUAUUUUUUGUCAGGUUUGUAAGACAAAAUGAGGUAUCAAAUGAAAGAUAAUUGAAUGGACUAUUUGUUUGUAAACUUAUUUCUUCAGUUUAACUAAAUUAAACUACCACAAAUGACAUCCGAAUAGCUUGAGUCUAAUGGUACCUGGGUGCGAAUGGCGGAGCUGCGUACCGUAAUACUUUGACUUUGAUAGACCAGAAUUUGUUUGUUUUGUUCAGUUCGCCGUUCAACGGAUUUUUGGGGUAAGUAUAGUGUAAAAUACAGUAAAUAGAUAUUUAAAUUUAGUUUUUUUUUUUAAAUAUUCAGUUAACUAUUAUGAAUAGAAAACUACGCGCCCGAUCACUGUAUAAAUUGACUAAGCCGACUAAGCUAAGACUUAGCCUUAAAAAAAAUUAAAGUUGAAUUUUUAAUAGUUUUACUGUAGGUUGUCCAAACUGGAGAAAAAAAAGCAUUUUUUUUUUGGGGUCAUUUUUUGAAGUCGAAGUUUUCAACAACAAAAAAUAAUUAACCCACUUAUAUUAGUAGUGUUAAAGUUAUAGGAAUAAAAUUUAUGCUAGCAGCUGUUUAAAUUUUCAUAGCCAUAGGUCUACCCCAGCCCCAUGACCAAUAUAACAAUAACAUCGACACAUAUUUUUUAAAUGGAGUUUUAAGUUUUAAUGCUAGGCCUUUAACUGUAUUUAUUUAUUUACUUUAUUUGAGUUAAGUUUAAUUAUUAGAGUAGGCCUUCUAAAUAGGCAAAUAUUAAAUAAAAAAUUAAGUUAUGUUAUUUUUGCGUUGCAUAGUUUAAGAUGACUUCGGAACUUAAUUUAAAAAUUAUAAUUAUUAAAAGUAGCUGAUACAUCCAUUGAGCCUUAUUCACUCAUUGUCAUUAGCCCUUACUUAUACCUGUAGCUAAAGAUUAAUGAACCCCUGUACUCUAGGUAUACUUUGCGGUAUUAUAUGCAUAGUUGUGUCGUUGGGGGGGCUCAAGAGAUUUUUUUAAAAAAAUUGGUUGCUUGGUCGCGACCCAUUUCCCUGUUUAAAAUCCGGACUAAGCCAUGACAUAGGCAGAUGCCCAUCUUAGUUUCUCUUCUGCCUCUGUAUUAUUAGUUAAGUAACUGUGUAAUAUAGUCUAUAUUAUGUUAACCCUGUUGUAGACCUAAUAUGAUAAUAUAUUAACUAUAUUUUGUUUCACUAUUCACGGUCUAGGUUUAAUGAAAUAAUGCCCAACAGUUCCUUUGAAGACUAAUGGUUAAAAUAGCACUCCUGAGUGAACAAGCCAUCACUACUACUCUAUACAAGAAUUGACUCUGAACUGAGUUCAUCCCAAGCUAGUGGAUUGGAGUUCAAUCCCUAGAAAAUGCCUACAUAAGCAAAAACAUCACCAGCAUGCUGGGUAGAUGGGACUUGUUAACUUUGAAUGGCAACUCAUCUUAGAGAAGGCAAACUCUGAAAUCAAACCCGGAGAUGAAGUCCCAUAUGCAUUUUGACAUUGACACAAUGAAAAUUCCUACAAACUCCUAUGAUGUAGAAGCAUAAAGAGCAUAGUGAAACACACACACUCACUGCUGGUAAUCUAUUGCAAUUGCAUCCUGGCCUAUAUCCAGUCGCCUUGGCUAAUCUUGCCAUUGAAUCAAAUAGGCAAGGACAAGAGAGUGGUUUUGACGAAUUAAACAACUCUCCCUAAAUUUAACAAAAUAAAGCUCACGUCAAGGCUACUGGUCCAGUCUUUGUGAUCUUCAAGUGUACAGUUCAAACAACAAUACUAGAAAUAUUGAUAUCAAGUAUAUUUGCAGAACAGUUUUCGGAUGCCAUGAAAAUUAGGGGAAAAUGAUUAGGAAACGUCAAUCGCCUGAGACUUCCUCUAGUUCAACUUCAGUUUUUUCACCUACCUUGGGUGUUCACUUUUGCAACAUCUUAGUCAAGCUCCCAAGCUAUGUGUAUCUUCGGAAAUAAAUAUUUCUUAUUAGUGAUUGAAAUAGAUUAUUUUAUAACUUUAUUAGUUGUUUGUUGUCAAACAUCAAGUACAUCUUAUUAGAAACAAGUUACUCAAUUGUGUGUGAACUUGGGACCAGAGUAUUUGUACCGUUACAUCCUUAAAUCAAAUAUAGCAUUAGCAGUUUUUAGAGUAAGAAACAGUCUAAAGGGACCCGGGUCCGAAUAGCGGCGCUGCGUGUCCAGGUCCAUUUUGACUAAAUGCUAUUCAGAUGUCAUUUGUCGUAGUUUAUUUUAGUUAAACUGAAGAAGUAAGUUUACAAAAAUAUAGUCCAUUCAAUUAUCUUUCAUUUGAUACCUAAUUAAUCUUACAAACCCUUCAAUAAUUUUUAAAUAUUUUUUAAUAAAUCCAAACUCUUAUUUCUCGGGUUUGAAUAGCCACAGCCUAAUUUUCAUAGGAAAAUAAUAAAGAUUUUUUUAUUUUUUUUUUGCGGAAUUUUAACAAAUACUAAAUUAUAUUUUGUGAAUUUAUUUAGAAGUACUCUUAUUUAACUAUGUUCCCUGUAAAUAUUAUAUUUUUGUCUCAUUUAAAAAUAAGUUACAGUCGUUUUAAAAAAGGCAUUAAAGAGGGUCACAAAAUGUGGAGGAAAACUCCAUAGUGAAAAAGUGGUUUUGAGGUCCCUACUAAAAAAUUCAUAACUUUGAACCACUUGAGCUAGAAAGUUGAUCUUCGUGUUUUUGUAAUCUAUUCUCCGGGGUCUAUACAACAGCUGUAGUAUUUUUAUAUUUUUAAAAAUGUUUUAAAAUUUUCAUGAAAGUGCCUACUUAACCCUUUCAUUACUGCUGGUUUUGGCAUCAAUUUUUGCCGACUCAAGAAUUAAAAACCUUAAAGAAGAAACUUUUGGUAUUUUUCAUUCUCUAUCCGAUUUUCUUAUUAACUUAUCUAUUGAUUAACAAAUAAAGAAAUAUAUAGCAUUGAAAAAUAAUGCCAAUGUGACGUCCUGGACCUUGGUAUUUCAUAAAAGUUCUUUGCCUGUUUGUUAUGACGACAAUGUGACGUCUUUGGUAAUUGAAAGUGGGUGAUUGAUGUCGCGUUAAUGUUUUUUAUUUUUAAUUUUUGGUUGAGUGGGUGUGUCCCUUCACACUCAAAUAAUAAUCAUUGGCCUAUGCCUAAAUUGUACUGACUAUCUUUAUUUUAGUUUACAAGCUUAUAGCUUUGUAAUUUAUUUAGGGACUUCUGUACCAUACUAAAGCUAGUUAAUGUUUGAUUUUUUUUUUCCCAUAAAACAUAUAAUAAUUAAUUUUUAUGUUUUUGUCACAAAGGCUAUAUUCAAUGAUUCAUCCCUUAAUAAUGUGUGGACAGAAGCAUUGGGCAUUGCGCUCUACCCUUAGCUUUGCGUACUACCCAUCACGUAAUAUGCAUUAGGGGCAUAUCGAAAUAUCCAUCACCGGCCAAAUAAUUAUUCAGAGAUUUAAUUUUGGGGCUGGUUGCCAUGGACAUGUGAUUGAUAACCAAUUGUCAAAUAGACAUUUAAUGAAAAGCAUGUCAAUCAUAUCAUAUCAUAUAUAUAUAUGUAUAUAAAAGUGAAAGUUUGUGGAUUUGUUUGUUUGUGGGUUUGUUCCACAAAGGCUUUUACAUGGAUUGAUGGAUCUUCUCCAAACUUGGCUCAUAUAUCCAUCAUUAUCCAGAAGGAACUUUUAAGGGGUUAUGAACUUUUUAUAACAUUUCGUUGGGGGCCGGGGGUCCCCAAUUCAUUUUUUUCCUUAAAUGAGCUAUAUAUUUAAAAUUAGCAACAAAUACUCCUACAUGAGUAGAUGGAUUGGGCCCCAGUUCAUUUUUCCUUAUAUAAGCUAUAUAAAUAUCAGUAUGCUUCAUACUCCUACAUGAAUGGAUGGAUCUUGAACAAACUUAUUACACAUACACAUGAUCAUCCAUAUUCAAAUACGGAAGGGUAUUGAACUCAUAUUAUCCAUUUCCCAGGGGCUGGGGGGCCCAGUUCAUUUUUCGUUAUAUAAGAUAUAUCAAUAGGGUUAGACAACAGUAUAGGUUCUAUGUGAGUUUAUGGAUCUAAGCCUAUCUUAGUAGCAAUACCCUUCUUUGUCUGUAUUGAAAUAUCGGUGGAUUUAAAACUAAAAUAUCCAAUCUAGAAUUUUACAGAAAGUUCUGUUAUAGAGAGCUUGUUUACAUAAUAUUUCUCGUGCGUGCCCUCUGAUUGACCCCGCAUGAGACGCUGUGUUCACUAAGGGGUGUGGCUUAGGUCUUUGAUGUAUUCUUGUUUACGCCGCCAACGAAUAAAAAUAAUUAAUCUGUUCCAAAUAGUAUUUUGUAGAAUGAUUUUGAUUUUUCUAGAAAUUUCUCGAAGGCAGGGCUUGGGCGUCGGUAGACCCACCUAUAUAAGGGAUUGACAGGCACGGACGAGGACGGAGAUUUUCUUAUAGAUUCUCUUAACAUUACGAGGCGUGUUUUAUUCUUUGUGUAUUUGUGUGCUCCUACUUAUAUGUGUUUAUUUCGCAUUAUUUAUUGGCAUCAUUAUUUCUAAUUGUAUUAACUGUGUACCGGUACGAGAUCUGCCAUACUGUAAGUUGAAGAUUGUAAUUUUAUUUUAUUUUAUUUUGUAAUUAUCUUAAGACAUAAUAAAUCUUAAUUAAUUGUAACUAGAAACUGUUUUGGGUCGUAUCCUUAAUAUUGUUGAUUCUAUGGUAUCGUCCUUUGUUAGGCACUGCUUACCACGAGCCAAUUAAAAUUAAAAUAGGAGAAUAAUUUCUCCCAAUACAAGUCAGUGCGUAACAGUUCCAUAAUUUUAAAAAGCUAUAUCUAUGGCAUUUUUGAACCAAUUUUAAUGGUACAAAUUUUAAAUUUUAUCUUAAUUAUGUAUCAGAAUGAUUUUUAUAGGGCCCCCUAUCUCAGGCAUAACUGAAUCGGUACAGUUAUGUAAUGGACCCCUUGAUUAAUUUAAAAGAAAAAGGAUUAUAAUUAUUUAAUUUGCUAAGGAUUUUUAUCGUAUUCAAAAAAUAAUUAGAAAAGUAGUUUUUACACAUGUUUCGAGCAGGUUAUUAAAUUUAAUCUAGAAUAUUCCAGAAAGAUCUAAAUUGUUACAAAGGAAUAUAUAGUGGGAUCUAAGGGUUAAAUGAAAUGUUGGUUAGUUCUAUUCAUUUCUAUACUGCCCCGGAGUUAACUGUUCUCUCAGUACCACUGAAGAAUUUUUUGAUGCGGGAUCCCAAAGGGGCCAGGAUCCCAUCAUAAUCUUUAUCCCAACAGAAUUGGAUUUCACCAGAAAAUGGGAUCCUACCAGGAUCGAGAUCCCAACCUUUAAUGGAUCCACCGGGAUCGGGAUAACACCGGGAAAUGGAACUAAGCCGGGAUCGGUGUCAGAAUGGGAAUAGGGUUCCAAUAGGAUCGGGGACACACCAGGAUGAGGUCCUAAUGCUAUCCCGUCAAAUUCCGGGUAUAUCCGCUAGUGUAACAGAACGGUUGUUGCAGAGGAUGGCUCCGGUCCUGACAUAUAAAAAACUAUAUUAAUUUAGUUGUCUUUCGUAAGGGACCGCUCCUCUCUGUGAUUAUGUUGUGGGUGUGUAGGCGUUGGGACAGACAGAAGCACAACGUAAACUUUAGUGAAAUCUAAACAAUUCAACUCUUAGUGUCCAGAUGAUAUAAUGUUUUCAUUUCUUGAUGUAACAACAAUUAAAGCUAAGUCUAUCGAAGAAAAUAUAACCUUUUCAAACAUGUAAUAUCCUCUCUCUCUUCCCAGAAAAAAUGCCCCCAACCGCUCAUUCAAUAUCCAGCUAACCUGGUGCGGCCCAUGGGGAAAACCCAAACAAAACAGCAUCAUUACACACUAAUAAUAACUAAGCUCUGUCCUAUACCCCCACCCAAGUCAUUUGUGACAGCUAGUGAUAUUAUAAAAUAGUAGUAUAAAUAUAUUAAUUUAAUAUUUAGGUCUAGUAUAUAUUUAUGUUAAAAACUUUUUUUUAACUUACCAUUGAUAUUAAAAUAAUUAAGUAAAUAUAAAAUCAUAGUCACCUCAAAUAAAUAUUUUACAAACACAGCACAUUAGUCUAAAGAAUUCCACAACAUACUUUAAAAUUUUCCACAGGUGAAUAAUAAUUAAUUGCAAAUCUUUCAAAUGAAUAUUAAAAUUUAUAUCAUGUUUUCGUAGGCUACUUAUUCAGACGAAGUUAAUAUUAGGCUCAAAUCAAACAAUAUCAAAUAAUAAGUAUAUAUUUAUGCAUCUUAAAUUUAAAUUUGUUUGAGUAGGGUUUACUCUUUGGUUUUGUCGGUGUGAGAAUCACUGAUAAUUUUAUUGUUUUUUCUCAUUUAUAAAUACAAAUAAUUGCUUUCUUUUUUAAUUUAUAAAUUGCAAAUUUGAGCUUUGUAUUUUAUUAUUUAAUAAUUUAUUAUUCUUUUUUCACUCUACAAAUGCACAGUUUAUUGAUUGAUAUAGGAAAAAUAGUAUCUAACAUUUACAUUUAAAAUACUUAUUUAAUUUAAAUAAGAAAAUUCUAUUCUAUAAAUCCUGUAAAUUUCUCAUUUGUAUAGUGAGAAAUAUGCCAAGAAAUAUGGGUGAAAGGGAUGAGCUGAAAAUGGGUGACAAAAUAUAGAGGAAAACUCAUCACACCGGUAAUAAAAAAGUGACUUGAGAUCAGCAAAAAAUAAUUCAUAACUAUUGAACCACUUGAGCUAGAAAGGUGAUAUUGGUGUUUUUGUAAAUGAUUCUAACAGCUCUAUUCAACUGUUUUGAAUUGGUAUUGUAAGAAAUAUUUUGAACAUUUCAUCAGGGUACCUAUUACCAGUAGCGUAGCUAGGGUUAGUGUCACCCGGUGCGGUAAACUCAUGGGCUCAGUUUCCACCACUUAUCCAAGCCAGUAACAAAUGUGGAUGUUGUUUCUGUAACAAUAACAGAAAACAAUCUGCAGCAAAAACAAUUUCUGACUGACGAGUGAAUAAACCAUCCACGACCGCAGUAUUUUCUUGCCAUUUUGAAUCAUCCCUUAAAUCCAUUGAUUUUUUUAGCUGGCAAACACCUCCUUUAGAUUUCGCAUUUAGCCUUGUCACUACUCUGAAUAGUCCGUCCUUGUUCUGAAACGAGGUGCUUCAUAUUUUAAUAGGUUCAGACCGAAAAAAUAUCCCUAAAGGUAUAUGAGGUACGUAUCUAGUGCAUCUUUUAAAAUGUGCCAGUUUUUGUCAUUAACCAUUACACGUACAGUAUCAUGGUUUGAAUCAACAUUAUCACCAAUCCAUCCAUGUCUUUGGAUUGGUUACAUUUAUGGAAAAUGUAAGUGUGAUCGGUUAUACUUUUAUGAAUCUCGGUUGUGUGUGCUCAGAUUGCUCUGUAAAUAUGCAAUUUUUCAAUUGGGUGUCACCCCUAAAAUGGUGUCACCCGGUGCGGUCCGCACCCCACGCACCCCCCUCGCUACGCCACUGCCUAUUACUUAGUAAUAAGUAAAGUGGUGUAUGGCACUGUUGGAUGGGGGGGGGGUGGGGUUACCCCACUUCCUCGGAAGGGUGAAAGAAAACAAAGCAACUAACCUUUUGAAAAAAAGCUUUCUUUAGAACAAAAAAAGGAAGAUACCUUACUUACAGCUGUGUAUCAUAAGUUAGGUACGGUACUUGGACAAAAUUUUUUCAAAUGAAGACAAUUUUAUGAUUAAAGUUACAUGUUUAUUAGGUUUUUUUUGUGUUUUUUUUUUUUUUUUUUUGAGGUAGUAUAUUAUAUAGUGAAGCAUUUUUUUGGUCAGGCUUUUAAAGACCAAAUGAUUGAUGAAAAAUAUAGUGAUUUUUUUGAGGUAGUAUAUUAUAUAGUGAAGCAUUUUUUUGGUCAGGCUUUUAAAGACCAAAUGAUUGAUGAAAAAUAUAGUGAUGUAUGAAAAUAUAAAAGUACCACCAAAAAAAUGGGAUGGAUUUAACAUUUGAGUGGACAAGUUUCAAGAGGAAUCAAGAUGCAUCUGCAUAAAAUACUUUUUAAUUUUGUGGUGAUAGGGCCUAUAUCUAAUUUCAAAAUUGGCUUAUUCAAAAAGAGUGAUAAUUAUUCAGCUAAUUACAAAUCUAAUUGAAUAUUUUUGUUUCAUUUGUGGCCAAAGCGUUAUUUUUAAAUUUUUAAUACAAUUAUAUUUUUAUAUAAUCAUUUUAAGUGAAUAUGAAUUUGUAAUUUUCUUAUGGAGCAAAAUUUUGAACUAAAGAAGUGUUAAUUUUAUUUCAGCAAAUCUGAAGAUUGUAAGUGCAUUUUUUGGAGCUUCUUUGAGCUCCUGGUUUAGAAGUUAUUCAGCAGUGAAGGAAGCUAGAAACAUUUUCAAAACAGGAAAAAUAAUGGCAGACAAAUCAAAAUCCCAAUACAAUGUUGUUUUUGUGUUAGGUGGACCAGGAGCUGGAAAGGGUACACAGUGUGAAAAGAUUCAAGAGGUAAAUGUUUCAGUCAUGAAAUGCAUGAAAAUUAGUACAGAUUUAUUGCAUCAUAUAAAUUAACAUAUUUCCUGAAUAAUUAGUAAUAGAUUUUAUGCUGCUAAAUUAGGAAGUUCUAACAUCUAAAAUAACAUCCAUUUUCUCAGACAUUUGGUUACCAGCACUUAUCUGCAGGAGAGCUAUUGCGACAAGAAAGACUGGCAAAAGGAUCUCAAUAUGGUGAAGAGAUUGAAAAACACUUAAAGGAUGGUUCGAUUGUACCCGUAGCCAUUACUUGUUCACUUUUACAUAGGGUAAGGGCGCGUGCAAUUUUUAAUCACUCAUAGAGAUAAGAGAUCCUAGUUCAGUAAGAAUAGUUUGUCCCAAUAUUAUUAAAAUAUUAUAAUUUGUAUUUUAUGAGUGUAUUCUUAAGUUUUCCAUACUUUUCAAUUUGUUUAGGGUCUAAAUUUUUACCUUAGAUUUUUUUACAUGUGAUGUAUUUGUGUCAUUAAAAAAUAUAUAUAUUAAGUAAUCUUUAAUUUAAAAAAUUCACGAAAUAACUGACAGGCAAAUAAUUGAAUCACCCAACCAGACCUGCACUAUAACUACCAGUACUGGAGUAGUGUAAACGUAAUUUUAAUCUGUAUCGAAGAUUUAAUUCAUUGAACACCAUGAGCCUCUCAUUUAUGAUUUAUCAGGUGGGACAAAAUAUAUCAAAUGUUUACAAAACUAAUACUGUAAUCAAGUUCAAUAGUAAUUAACACAGACAUGUUUACUCUUACAAUAUCAGUGGGGGGGUGGGUGGGGAUGGGUUCGACAGAAAGUACUCACAGUAUUAAAAUUUUUUACAAUAUUCAUCCUGAAAGAUCAUAUUUAUAUUUAUAUCUCGAAUGCUGUGAAAAAUAUGCUAUUUUUUGUAGAAAUUAUCUUCAUAAUGAUAUAUUUUUUCACACACGAACUCGCUAGAUAUGCUCAGAUAGUACUCAGUAGUAGAGGUAUUACAGUAAUAUUUAGUCCACCAUAUGUUCAACAAGCACGUGACAUAUAUUUUUUUGGGCAACGACAGUGGUCUGCAAAUCGUGGCUCAGCUUGUGGUAGUUAUCAGACUGUAAUAUUUUAACAGAAAAUAUCAUAACAAAAAUUGAUUUUUUGUUAAAAAGCUUUUCCUAAAAAAUACUUAUGAAGUUUGGUAGUUUGUUUUUUGUAAACAAUGCCCUAAUUUGUUAAUUCAUUCUCAUUUUUAUAAAUUGGAACUAUUUGAAUUUCACCAGUAACUUUAUUUUCUAUCAGUAACAGACUAAUGCAAUAAUGUGAUCUGCACGUUCACCUAAAUAUUAAUUGAUAUCUAUAACAGAUACACAUUUGCAAAAUAAAGUGCCCACAGCUAGCAAUAAACAUCAGUCAUUUACCUUUAGAAUUUACCUUUUUGACUUCAGCUUAACUUGAUCCCACUCGAUGCAUGAUGCAAGCAGUUAUACAUUAUAUAUACUGUGUUUAUUUAUUUACUCUUAAGAUAUUGUAAUGUAUGAUUUUAAGACGAUAUGGUACGAUUUUAGGAGUUCGAGGGUAAACAAGUUUGUUAACAGUACCAGUAGAAGAUAAUUAACCCUCUUAAGACGGCUGGGCAGACCUAUCACCCCAGAGUGUUAUGGCGAAAAAGACAAAAAGCCCAUCUAUCAACCCAUCUUUGUAUCAGCUAAUCAGAUUGCAUCUCGCAUUUCUUGCUCAUCUCGGCAUUUUAAUGACAGCUUCCAUUGAUAUUUUAUGGUGUUCCAUCAUUUUAUAUCAAUUUUUUUUUGGUACCUAGGGAUCCCUAUAAAUCAUAAAUGCUUUAAAAAAUAUGUGAAUUAUGACAAAAGGCAUAACAGCCCUAGUUUUUCACAUUGAAUCUCAUUCAAAUUAUUUAGGCUCCAACAAUCAUAAAAUGUGACAAAAUUCUGCCAGUAAGACAUGUUUAUUGUGUAAAAAAAAUAAUUGCAUACAUAAAUUAUGCAAAUUGGGAUGACAGAUUUGCAUAAGUGUUGAGAUUUAGUUUGAUUCAUAAAGAUUGUAUUUGUUUAAUCAAUUCCCUACAGCUAUAAAAAAUACAUAUAGUUUUGUAUUUGUAAAGUAAUUAGUUAAUUUUUUAUAAAUUUUUUUACAAAGUAAGUGCAUGGUUUUUUAAAAGGGCUCCGUCUUUUUAGCACAGACAGUCCAAAAAUGCUCCAUCUCAAGAGUGUUAAUAGUAUGUGUGUUUUUUUGCUAAUGGGGUAUUUAAGAAGAUAACCCUUUAAUUUGUCGAUUUUCCUCAAAAAGAUAAUAAAAUAAAAUUAAUUCUUUAUAACUGUAUUUUUAAUUUUGAAAUUAACUCCGUCAGUGUGGUCAGCCCGAUUAUGCAGGGCUCUACAUAGGAUACACAUUUUAUUUCAGAGAGUAACUAAAUUUCAAUAAAGAUGACUUGAUAAAAUACAUUAGUCAUAUUUUUAUCUGCUAACAGGAGAUGGAAUCUAGUUCCAAGAAUAAUUUUCUAAUAGAUGGUUUCCCAAGAAAUAAAGACAACCUUGAUGGAUGGAAUGAGGCAAUGAAUGGGGUGGCUCAAGUUAAGAGAGUGUUGUUCUUUGAUUGUCCUGAUCAGGUACGUCAUUCAUUAAUCACGGACCCAGGUAACAUAAUAGUAGAACUGAAAUUUCAAUUUCAAGCUUAAUUGUACUGACCAAAUUAUUAACAAUAAAUCUAAUAACCAGUAUGGGAAACAAAUUUCAUUACACUUUUAAACAAAUGAGAUAUGAUACUUAUGAAUAUUAAUUGGUAUAUAAGAACUAGCUACGAAAGUACAUUGCAAGGCCAGGGAACAAAAUUUGGAAAGAUUUAUGCUGUAAAAUUUUUAAUUCCAGGUAAUAGCCUAUUUUACAUGUUUAAAUAUUUAGUACCAAUACCAUUUGUUAUUUUGGACACCUACAACUGCCACCACCCCUCUAUUUCCUACAUAUGUCUCAGUGUAUUUCUCACUGCUAGGUUUGUGUAGACAGAUGUCUCAGUCGUGGAUUAACCAGUGGAAGAUCAGAUGAUAAUGCAGAAAGUUUAAAGAAGAGGUACGUAUUUAGUCACUUUCAAUUUCAAAUCGCUAUGUUAGCUUUUAUUAAUUUUUAAAUUUUUUUGCGUUCUUACAAUUUCAGGAAUUUUUAAAGUAAAUGAUUUAUCAUUUCAGGAUUCAGACUUAUAGAGAAUCUACCAUGCCAAUUGUAGAUCAUUUUCGCAAAAUUAAUUUAGUAUCCGAAAUUCAAGGUGAUAAGUCAGCUGAUGAGGUUUGUAUUAGACAUUGGUAAUUUAUAAUUAAAUUUCACUUGUCCCAUUAUUUUAAUUCAACUUCUAUCUUGUAAAAAUUUAUAGAGAAUUAACAAUACCGGUACUUACAUUUUCAAAAGAAAAAUUAAGCAUUCAUUAUCAUGCUAUUAAUAAAUAUUUAAGAAAAUUAUUUUUUUAUUUUUAUAUUCCGGUACCAUAUUUAAAAACCAAAAGUAUUUUAAGUCAUGAAACUUUGGUGAGAAUUAAAUGUAUUUACCAAUUAAAAUUCCUGCUUUAUUUACUUAAUGCUAAUGCUAGCCUAUAUUAAUGAAAUGCUAACACUUUUUAUUUGGUGUAUUCUAAAUUAUUUAUGUUUUUCAAGAAAAUAAGAUUAAUAGUUUUGCUCAGACAUCUUAACACCCAGUAUAUCUAUUCACAGGUUUUUGAAGAUGUCAAAAAAGUGUUCAAAGCCUUAGACUGCUAACCAACAGCUUUCAAGCCUAUAAAAUGCCAGUCCACUAAAGUCAAUUUCAUGAAGAAAACAAUUAGAAGUUCAUAAAUUUUAUAAAUGUAAAGCAAUUUUUUUUCCAUAGACUAGACAGAAGUAUGGUCCAAAUCUAAUUAUUCUUCUUAGAUCUCAGUUUGUAGACUAUGCAAUCUUUAUUUCCUAUUUGUCCUGUGUUUUCAAACGAUUAUUAUGUCCACUAAAAAAUCAGGUCACUAAAUGGAUUAAUUGUAAUAUGACACAAAUUUUAUCAGAAAAGUAUUUACAAUGGUACCUCAGGUUUCGAACUUAAUUCAUUCCAGAACUCGGUUUGUAACCCGAAACAUUGAAAAAGAGACAAUCCGUUUCAAGAUGAAAGAAUCUUUCUUUUUUAUUAACAUCUGGUCAUUUACCUGACAAACACAAAGAAUAUGUGUACAUUACGUAUUAAUUAAAUAAAGAGAAAGAAAACAACCAAAUAAAUUAAAUGUAAAUUAAAAAAAGAUUGAGUCUAUGAUAGUCUAUGUGUCUUACCAAGAAAACGAUCAUGGGAAAUGUGUUACUUUCUUUGCUAUUCCGAAUCGAUAGUUUCAGGAGUUUCUUGGCAGCCAACUGGGAAUCUUUCUGCACCAAGAAACUAUCACUGUCAAGAGAAAUUUAUCACUUCCUUUGCUGGAGAAUCUUUCUGCGGUGUGCCAUCACGUUAUCAUUCAUCAGGUUUACUGCCCUGUUAGCAAAAGGUUUGUUUGGAUGACGGUUCACAAUGAAGUCUUUGAUGUCUGCCCACUUGCUGCAAAUUUCUUUAAUCCUGGCAGUCACUGGCUCCUCAUCGGAUGAGUGCUCCUCCUUUUAUGUCUUUAGCUGUUCAUUCUGAAGAUCUACAAGCUCUCCACUGUGGUCCUCAAUCAGCUCCUCUAAGUCGUUGCCAUUGACUUCCAGGCCCAUAUUUUUGCCCAAGGACACAAUCUCAUCCACUACAGCUGCUGCUUCUGCCUCUAAUCCUUCAAAUUCUUCUCUAACUAGCUGGUACACACGAUGGCCAAACUUUCUUCCAGGCAGACUUCAAGGUACGGGUGGAGACAUCAUUUCAGAUCUCGUCAAUGAGGUUGAAGCAGUGGAGGAUGUUGAAGUGGUCUUUCCAGUAAUCUCCAUUCUGUGUCAUCAGUGACCUGAAACACCUUGAGAAGAGCUCCUUUGUGUACAGUUUCUUGAAGUUUGAGAUCACUUGCUGGUCCAUGAGUUGAAGCAGAGGAGUGGUGUUGUGAGGCAGAAAUUUGACCUUGAUGAAAUCAUACUCCAUGUCCACGUUGUCCUCCAGACCCAAUGGGUGGGCAGGAGUAUUGUCCAUAAGCAGCAGACAUUGAAGGGGUAGAUUGUUUUCUUCUACGGUACUUCUUACACUUGGGGAAAACACUUUAGUCAGCCAUUCCAUAAAGAUGGCUCUCGUCAUCCAUGCCUUAGCAUUAGAAUUAGACUUACACAUCACAGGGGAUUUUUGGGACAUUGUUGCGUUUAAAAGACUCAAGGAGUUUUUGAGUGGUAGACCAACAUUGGCGUAAUCUUGCAGUCACCAAUAGCAUUGGCACAGAACAGCAGAGUUACCCUGUCCUUCAUUGCUUUGUACCCUGGCAGUGCUUUCUCCUCCUGUGUGAUAAAGGUCAUCUGGCAUUUUCCUCUAGAAGAUCCCCGUUUCAUCGCAAUUAAAGACUCCUUUUGGAAUGUAGUCUUCCUCUUUGAUGAUCUUAUCGAAUUCCACCUUGAAUGAACGCUUUUGCUUCUUUCUUGUUAGAACUUGCAGCUUCUCCGUGCCUAAUUACUCUAUGAACAUGAAUCAUGAAUGCAACUUCUUUUUUUGAACUUUUCAAACCAGUCUCAGCACUUUCGACAAUAAAUCACUGUGUAACAGCUUUGCAUUUUCACAUAUUAUUGCCUCACUAGCACUGUCUCCUGCAAGUUGCUUUUCAUUGAUCCAGAUCAAGAGAAGAUUUUUAACCUUUCUCUAAACUUUGAUGCUGCAGCUUAGUUACCCCUUUAGCCACAUCGGCUGAUUUAAGGAACUAUUUGAUUUUAUGAUGGUGGAGAUUGUUGAUUUUGCCAUGCUGUACUCAUUAGCGAUAUCACACACACAAACGCCAUUUUCAUAAUUAUUUCUUUUUUUUACCUCUACUGUUAUCUGUUUCUACUUCCUAGCAGCACCACUACCUUUCUUCUAACUCAUAAUUGAUGGGGUUAACAAGGAAAAUAAUGAAAAAGAUAAACUGAAUACAAUGCCACUGUUAAGAACUCUUUUACUGUUGUGUAGUAAGGCUAAUAAAGCGAGGCUGCGCACACGUGUAAAACUAGACUACUGAUAACUAGGCUAGCGCUAAGCCAUGUUACUACUGCGUGGCCUUUGUUGGUACUGUACACAAUCGUAUGUCUCAAACGUUAAACCUUGCUUUCUCUCCCUCUCUCGCCUUCGUUCGUAACCCGAGAUAAAAAAAUUUCAAAGUUAUUCGUAACCUGACUAGUGACUGACCUGAGGCGUUCGUUACCCGAGGUACCACUAUACUUUUUAACCAGUCUAUGAAAAAUAUAAUCUUAGUAGCAAGUACUGGUACUUGGCUAAAUAUUCUUUUGGUAAUUUAUUUUGGAAGCACCAUCCUUUUAGAAGUUAAAGUUAAAUUCUUAACACUGAUAUGUGCAGAACCAAUGUUGCUAAGACUAAGAGUAAGAGUAGAGUAAAUUUCCUUUUGCUAAUUACAGGGCAAAUAAUAAAGAUUAACAUAGAAUUAUUAUUAAUAAUGUAAAAUUAGAAUUUUUGUUAAUUGAAAGCUAGAGUUCUUUGUUCAAGGUUGAGCUAUGUGAUUUUACUGCUGUGUCAGACUUAAAUAAUGAUUUGUACUUUAUUUCAAUUUAAAUACCGGUAAUGAUUUGUUCUUUACAUUCGAUACCAGUCGUAUUGUAACUUUUUUUUAAUUUUGAAAAGUAAUUAGAAUUUUUUGUGUGUGCUGUUCCUUAAGUUUAAAUUAAAUUUAUGUUAAAAUAAAUUAAUUUGACAAUAUGUAUUUACUAAAUGAGCCUUGUAAUUAUUUUGUAACGCACGCCUUCAGAUUAUAAAAUGUUCUUGAAGAAAACAAUUAGAAUUAGAAGUUCCAUAAAUUUUAUAAAUGUAAAACUAUCAAUAACUAUAUUCAAAGAUUUAACCCAUUCAAAGAUUUUAAGCACCCUGACACUUUUUUUUUGGGUUGCAUUGUAUAAUAUAUGAAUUAAUUUUAAGCAUUCCUGGAAGACCAAAAAAAGGCAGGUGUGUAAAGUUUUCAGUGAUAGUGACACCCUAUAUUUGUGUAGGUAUUAAUAUCAAUGUGUUCACACAAAAAAUGUUGGGAUACUUUUACUUUUUCAUUCUUUGUUGAAGCGGGUACUGGUACAAGUUGCCUAACCUUGACAUAAAUGAUAAAUGUUGAUAACAUGACUUGAAUUGUGAUUGGUGGAAGUGAAUAGGUGGGAUUUUUUGGGUUUUUUUUGUUUCUUUUGGAUCAUAAUUUGGCUUUGUAAUUGUAAUCCUGCACAUUUUAUUGAUUUUAACUUUUAAGCUAAGUUUAAUUUGUAAUGUUCAUGGGUAAUUAAAAUCUGUAUUCGAAAAUCUUGCAUCGGAUAUGAACAAGUGGAAACAUUUACCUCAACUUAUUUGGUAAAGUACUGUCUACACUCAUGUAUAGGUCACUUGGCAAGAAGCCUUCAUCAGUGAACAAACAACAAUAAAAACAGUUCCUUGUUAAUCAGUCUGUAGUCAUUUAUAGUCAGAGAAUCGUUUUUAAAAAAUGUUUGUCAAAGAUCGCUUAGCUUAUGACGAUUCCUUUGAAGUUUUCAUGGAAAUUUCUGUGUGGUGUCUGAUUUAACAAUCCAAAGUUGCAUUUACAUUAAAAAAUGGCCAGGUAACUCCUUAAUCUAAGGGUGUGACAUAUAUCUGCUGUCCAAAUACCCACUUUGACAUAUCUGCUGGUGCGAGUAUAUACAGUAUUAAUUAUUAGUUAUUCAAUCAUUACAAAUUAUGUGCAGCUGAGGGAUUUUUUAUUACAUGGUUAGUUGUUUUUUUUUAAAUAAUUCAUGUGACACAUAAUUACCGUAUAUAAUAUACUGUACUCAAACAGAUUUUUAUAUAAGUACUUUUGAAAAUAUUAUUUUAUUUUGGGUGUGUUUUUUAGAUGCUUUGAUUUCAUUAAUGAAUGUACCGCACCGUAAAUUAUUUAAAUUUGAUACCCGUACCCCGGUACUUAAAAAGUUUAAUGAAGGGAUACUUCAAAACAGGUUGCUUCCUUUUAAUAACAUCAAAAGUUUUUCUUAAGUCUGCGGCUAUUCGGACCUGGUAUCAGAAGUGAGAGGUUGGGAUUAAAAAAGUUUUAAAAUUAUUAUUGGGACCCGGGUCCAAAUAGCCAUUAUGCAUUUCCGGUUUCAUUUUGUCUAAAUGCUAUUUGGAUGUCAUUUGUGGUAGUUUAUUUUAGUUAAAAUGAAGAAUUAAGUUUACAAACGUAUAGUCCAUUAAAUUAUUUUUCAUUGGAUACCGUACCAAAUUUUAUCUUACAAAGCCAGCAAUAAUAUUUUAAACAUUUUUUAAUCACAACCUCUCACUUCUGGUAGUGGGAUCCGAAUAGCUACAUGGUUUUCUUAAUGAGGGCAUCUGAUUUGGUGAAAUGUGAAGGUCUUUUAUAGUUAUAAUAAUGGCUCAUAAACAAAGUCUUAAACGACAUUUUUUUUAAAUUUUAUUUAGAGGUUCAUAAUAAUUCUUGUACAUGUUGCCUUUAUUUAUUAUGGAAAUAAAAAUUGUUUAUGGUAAGCUGAUUUGAGGCCAUUAUUUUACUAUCAAUCAGAAAUAGUGUUGCACAUAAUUUCACCUAUUAAUCUGUGGAUAGUCUGAUCAAUUGGCAUAUUGCUACCGGCUACCGUACA